AUGCGCUCUUUUGAAAUAAACAACACUAGCACUUCACCUAUACUCGCUGUUACAUGGAAACAAUCUGCAAUUGAAAGUCAACGAUUGAAUUUUAUUGUAUGCAUUAUUGCAUCAUUCAUUCAUGCUCUAUUCUGGCUUCAACUUGUUUUCUAUCCAGUCGUCCGACAAAAAGCAUUACAAUGGAUUUAUGCAUAUCUGAUCGUAGAUAUUCUUCUACUAUUACGCUUCUUUCUCCUUUAUAUUGUUCAUACAAAGUACCGUAGCUUUACAUCAAAUGUACUUUGGACACUAGUUGUCUGUUACAUCGAAGCAGCCGUUGACAAUUAUUUGAACAUACUUGGAGUUUAUAUUUUAUUAGCUUUGAACAUCAGUCGUUAUAUGCAAAUCGCGCACAAUCGAAAUGUUUAUGACAAACACCCUCAGUGGUUGAUUCUAUUCCAUUUAAGUAUCUGUUUAGCACCUUUCCUGUUCUUAUUCAUACAAUUUCUUGUUGGAUGGUCGAAAUUAAAACAAUCAAACGAUGAUCUUUGUGAUUCAUACUCUGUAAACGUAUACAUUCAAAUCCUAAACAUUUUUGUUGCUUUUGCCUUUCCCAUUGCUUCGAAUAUUUUUGUUAUCGCUCUUAGCGUUCGCCAUGUUCGUCUGACGUCAACACUACGACGAACUGUUCAUCAUGUUUCUGCACGUGAGAAGUACAACCGAUCGUUAGUUAUACAAUUUCUCGUUUUUUAUAUUGUUUGGCUUUCGUUAUGGUCACCGAACGUCAUCAGUUAUCAGCUCAUAACGGGCACGGACGAGAUUACAUUGAUCACUCGAUUACUCAAUUCCAUUGAAAUAGCUUUGGAUCCGAUCAUCGUUGGUGCAUUGGACGUACGAUUUUGGCAAAUAUGGAAAAAACUUUGUUCGAAUUUCAAGUGCUUCAAUCUUCGGAAAAGAGUACGAAGGUCAAUAAAAGUCGUACCUGCUCACAAGCGAGAAAAUAUAUAUUAA